AUGUCAAAUACAGUCUGUACUGUACUGUACUGAUUCUUUCAUUCUUUGAUACUUAUUACAGAACAGAUAAAAAAAAAAUAUUGCGGAUUGUGCUGUGAAAGCCAGGAGUAUACCAAAAGCUCAGUAAGUUAAACUGAUGCAUCUAAGUAUUUAUUCUUAAUAAAUACAUACUGAACGCACACAGAAGUCGAGGUUAAAUUUUUUUGAACACAAGUAAUACAACCAAUUGAUGUAAUCAGGAUGAGCGCAAAUGACAUUGAUCCGGAGUCGGCGUCAUGUGGAGGUGGACUGAGCGCUUUCAAGGAAGUGGACGAGAUUCAGCACCUGAUGCAGCAGCUGUACGUCCCGGACCAACCCAUCCGCGUCAUGGAAAAGAACCUGGAUCGCUUCUGUUUCAUCAUGAAGCAAUAUCAGGACCAACCUCAGCUGCUUGAUCCUUACCUCGAAAGUUUGCUGGGUCCAUUGUUGACAUUUAUCAAGGAAAGGAGUGAGUUUGAUUAUCUGAAGCACUAUGUCUUCAAGUACAUUUAUAUCAUCAUGAGUGUCAAGACUUACAAAAAAAUUGCUAUACAUCUGCCGCACGAGGUGACUGAUUUUAAUCCAGUCCUCGAGAUGCUGGAGAAGCAAAACAACGAAGACAAGGAUAACUGGCAGACACGCUACGUUCUACUGAUCUGGCUGUCAAUCAUAUCAAAGAUACCCUUUGCUCUGUCAAGAUUGGAAACUAGAGACUCGACAGAGGCAAAGGAGAGUUUGACAGAGAGGGUUAUUUCAAUUUGUAAAAAGUAUUGUGCUUCAAAGGACUCGUGCUCCAAUGCAGCCAUAUUUUUGAUGACACAUUUCUUGACGAGAUCCGACGUUAAGGAUGAUUACAUGGAGCACUUGAUAGACUGGGCACUGCAAGGCUCCAGUAAUGAUUGCUUGAAUCACAGACCACUCGCCGUCAUUGCUUCAAUAAUUAAGCACAGCUGCCGAGAUGAUAUUAUGCCUUACACUCAGAAAAUUUUUGACAGAAUUUCAGAAAAUAAGCUGGACGAGAGUAGUGCAGAUCUUGUGAGGAAAUUCUCGAUAAAAAUUGUUCAGAGAAUAGGCAUGACUUUGUUAAAAGUUCACGUUAAUCCUUGGCAGUAUAAAAAAGCAUCCAAAGCAAUAAUUUUGUCAACCAAUGUACUUGAAACUCGUGAAAAUAUGGAACCUGUUUCAGUUGGAAAUGACAUUUUCGUGUCUUACUACGACGAUCACGAAAUACCACCCCUCAUAGAGGAAAUAAUUGAACACCUGAUUAGAUGCCUGCAAGAUAAAUCUAUAAUUAUCAGGUGGUCUGCAGCAAAAGGUAUCGGGAGGAUCACGGCGAGGCUCCCAAGUGAUCUGGCAGAUGAUGUGCUUGGCUAUGUCAUUGAUCUAUUUUCAACUCGUGAAUCUGAGACCGCUUGGCACGGAGGUUGCCUGGCAUUAGCCGAACUAGGUAGAAGAGGAUUACUCUUGCCUGACAGAUUGAAAGAAAUUAUUCCCCUGGUCAUCCAAGCUCUGGUUUUUGAUGAACCAAGAGCUUAUGGACCGGUCGGAUCCAUCAUAAGAGACGCUGCGUGUUUCGUUUGUUGGUCUUUCGCGAGAGCUUUUGAGCCAGAAGUUUUUCAGCCUCACGUCAACGACAUAUCAAGGGCCUUGUUGAUAGUUACUUGCUUUGACAGAGAGAUCAACUGCCGUAGAGCCGGUUCUGCUGCUUUCCAGGAGAAUGUCGGCAGACAAGGAAACUUUCCUCAUGGCAUUGAAAUAAUUUCUGCAGCCGACUACUUUGAAGUUGGAGUUAGAAGCAAUGCAUACCUCAAGAUCAGCGUACAUGUUGCCAAGUACGAAGGCUACUUAAAACCUUUGGUUGAUCACCUUGUCAAAAGAAAAGUUACCCAUUGGGACAGUACUAUAAGAGAAUUAGCUGCCAAGGCCUUACACAAUUUAGGCGCACUGGACACAACUUACAUAAUUAACGACGUAUUUCCAGUACUAUUGGAUUUCGUUAAUUCAUUAGAUUCGUUUGCACGGCACGGUGCGAUUUUGGCUAUUGCCGAAAUCCUUGUCGUGCUGCACCAAUGCCUUGAAAAGGAUAUAAGUGACAUUAUUGCCAAGGACCACUUGGAUAAGAUUCAAAAGAUUGUGUCCACUUGUCGUAGCAGAGGACAGUUGAGAGGACUUGGUGGUGAAAGUAUCAAACAAGCUUGCGCGACCCUCAUAAAAAAAUUUUCAAUCGUACAUUUUCAUGUAAACGAUGAAAAUAUCAUCAAUGACUGGCAGGGACUGCUAGAAGAAUGCUUGAGUAACGAAGUAGCAAUCGUUAGAGAAGUAUCGGCUGAGGCCCAUACAGCGUUUUUCACGGAAUAUUAUUUAACCUGGAGUCUGGAGGACAGACAGGCAAUUAUUAACAAAUACCUGGAAAACCUCCAGUCCUCUAGCCAGACAGUCAGAAUAGGUUUUGCCGAAGCUAUUGGCUACUUCCCAGUUAACGUUCUGAAAGAAAAAGGGGAAGACAUAUUCAAGAAGCUCAUGCAAUGCUCUUGCAUCACUAAGGACACGACGCUGUGGGCUGAGAGCAGGAGGGAUGCCAUAAGAUCUUUGACAAAACUCAGUGAAACUCUGGGCCUCGAGCAUACGACGAUAUGGAAGCCUUUUGUUAGCGAUGUGUACAGAUGCCUUUUCAACGGCUUAGCAGAGUAUACAAACGAUAGCCGUGGUGAUAUUGGAUCUUGGGUACGCGAAGCCGCGAUUGACGGCAUCCUCACCCUCACGAGACUCGUAUUCAAAGCUGAUUACACCGAGAUCUUGACGCAAGAACUGAUGACGAAAAUUAUUGGAGGCAUAGCUCAGCAAGCCGUAGAACGUAUCGACCGAACGCGAUCCAAGGCAGGAAAUGCCUUCCACGUAUUGAUACAGAGCAGCUUGCCAAAUAUACCACAUCACGAGGAAUUGAAAAUUUUGUUCUUAUGCACGGAUGAAAAAAAAUUUAUAGACUGGCGUUCAGAGAGCGAAACGUUCCCACUCUUUAUCCAGAUGCUUUCUUUUCAGCCAUAUGUUCAAAACUUACUGAAAGGGAUAAUCUACAGUGCCGGUGGUUUGUCAGAAUCUCUAGUAAAGUACUCCAGCAUGUCUCUGUUUUCGUAUCUGCAACAGUUGGACGAACAGACUUUGAGUAGUCUCUGUAAUGAGAUUUGCAACAUCUUUGAAUCUUGCCAUGGCGAUGACCGCAUGAUAUCAGCUAGCUUAGCUUUUCUCGACAGAUUGAUUAGCUCAGGAUGUAUUCAAGGUGUACUAGACGACCCAAAAAGUGAGAUACCUAAACGAAUUUUGACCCUUCUAAAGAAAGAAAGUAAGUGCAUCAAUGCUAUUCAGUCUCAACUGAACAGUGUCAAACUGUUUUGCCACAUGCUUCAAGUACAUGGACCAGUGAGUAAGGGUGCCUUUUCUCAACUCAGUAUCUAUUUAUGUCACAAGUUCAAAUUCAUCAGAAAAGCUACAGCCAGUAGAUUGUACGAGUCUUUGACGUUGCACGGGGAUGAGAUGGAUGUUAGCGAAGAGGAUCUUGCAAUUUUACUGACACAGCUCAAUACCGUUGAUUGGGAAGAACCAGUUGAGAAGUUAAGACCCAUCAGGAAUCAGUUAUGUGAAAUCAUGAAGUGUUCUAUACCAACUGUUGUCCAGAGACCCAAGAAUAAUUAAAUUCUCUAUUGUGCCUUUGGCAUUGCCUUGUUUUACUCUUCAAUUCAUUAUAAAAAUUUAGUCUAUUAAGUCUUUAGUGAUUAUAUUUAUUGCAGACCUUAACAAGAAUUUUUGAAGUACUAAAAUUUUUCAAUUGCUUUAACAAAAUUUUUUUAAAGUUUAAAUGAUAAUUUAAUAUUUUAUCAAAGCAACGUUUGCUUACAAUACAAUCAAGUUUUUUAAAGUUUCUACAGAAAAAAAUUGUAUCUACAAUAUACUUAAAAAAUGAUUAUUUUCUUUAAUAUGAAAAAAAAGAUCCCAUAUCAUUCACUAUCACAAUAAGAAAGAAAAAGACUGCAAAAAGCUCAUAAAAAUAAUCGAACAUUAAAAUUAUUAUGUAGUGUUUGUACAGAAUUGUAAUAUAUUUUAUAAUGCUUUUCGUACUUGAUUUU